AUGGUUGUCUGUAGAAGAAGAGGCCAGUUUUCUUUACCUGAAUUUGGAGUCCUGGGCACGAUUAAGAAAGUUUCCAUUGGAAUGUUACAACGGCCUUCGACAUUUACUGAUGACUAUACAAGUUUGCUUAAAGAGCAACGAAGGUUAUUUGUUAUCGAUUUUUUGUUUCUCAUCUAUCUAUCUAUCUAUCUAUCUAUCUAUCUAUCUAUCUAUCUAUCUAUCUAUAGGAUGCGAUGGAUAAAUUAUCUGUUUAAAAACGAUUUCAAUUUUUUCUCAAAUCACAAAUAUUAUCUAUCUAUCUAUCUAUCUAUCUAUCUAUCUAUCUAUCUAUCUAUCUAUCUCAUCCUAACCAUAUGUAUGUAUGUAUGUAUGUAUGUAUGUAUCUAUCUAUCUAUCUAUCUAUCUAUCUAUCUAUCUAUCUAUCUAUCUCAGCCCUUUUUCCAUUUUGCCCAUAAUGCUUAA